AUGUAUGUCCAGUAUGUCCACGACCGCCAAGACCGAAAACCACGAGCUCACGCAGACGCAGUCGACAAUGACCUUCUCUCAAAUCCGGUUCCCAGUACCUCAGAUCUCAGAUCCUUGAAUACCUCGAAAGGCACCCUCACAGCCGCCUGUGGUGAGACUGGAAUCUUUCGUGGAGCAGGGGUGGUCGGAGUUUAG